AUGUACACAUACGAUGAAGCAACGGCUGGUUUGAUGGCCUUAACAUCAUUUAUCUUUACGUAUCAUUGGUAUAUGUUAUACGGUAAUGCGUUAACACGUGCACGAAGAGCAUUUCUUAAUGUUGCUAAUGUACUUGACACGUAUCAAAUUUAUAAUCGAAAAUAUGGACAAUUCUAUGAAUCAGAUCCGGAUACACCUGGCGAUGCAGCAGAAACAUUCAAAAAGGCAGUAACAAUGUCACUUGGUGAUAUUUUAAAGGAAACUACUGCUAGUGCCAAUGAUCAUGGAACAAAAUUCGAAGAAGCAGUGCAAAAGCAUUAUGCUGAUGUAUAUCAAGCAGUACAACGGGCGGAGCGGGAAAUGAGAGCAAAAUCGCCAAUUGCUGAUGAAAUUGAUAUUCGUUAA